UUGCAUUGUUUAGGUCAAGGAGAUGCAGGAGCUGCAGCUGGAGGAAGUCAAGGACCGCGACCAUCGAAUAAGCGCUUGCAGCAGACGCAAGCGCAAGUCGACGAAGUGGUUGGGAUCAUGAAGGUAAAUGUAGAAAAAGUGCUGGAACGUGAUCAGAAGCUAUCUCAACUUGACGAUCGUGCUGAUGCUCUCCAGGAAGGUGCAUCUCAAUUUGAGAAGUCUGCGGCAACACUCAAAAGGAAGUAUUGGUGGAAAAACAUUAAGAUGAUGAUCAUUAUGUGUGCCAUCACAGUGAUUCUUAUCAUUAUCAUUGUGCUAUGGGUAAGUGGAAAGUAG